CUAGUCGCCGCACUCCAGUACGACGCCAAUUAAACGUCAUUUAUUUUAUGCUUUCCGGGGGUUUAUAGAGGGUGCGUUCCAUUCACCGUCUGUAACAUCCGGGACAUAGAGAAUCGCAAUGGAAUAAGACGGAACCACGUGCAGAACACGUUCCAACCGUCCCCGCAAUCGAGCUGGUGUAGUGCGGAAUCCAAGAUGGCAGACAAAGCAUCGAACGAUAGUGAGCUUGUUAUCCAGCUGCAGGAUCCAGUUACAAAAGAAUCCAGAUUUCUGAAAGUAUCCCCUCAGAUGGUUGAAGCUUUGAAUUCUUCAGAUCCAAUGAAACGGCACCAUGCCUAUGAAUUGAUAAGCCAUACAUGGACGACAAAUGUAGCUGAUUUUUCAGAGCAAGUAGACAGUCAACCUGACCAUGAUGAAAAUUGCGACAACAUGGAAGAAGGCAACACAGGCACAGGCACCACAUGUAUCACCUCUGACGAGAGUGAGAAAUCAACUUCUUGGAGUAAAGCUGCCACACUCUUACUGAUAAACGAAAUGAAGACGCGAAAAGAGCAAAUGGACAAGGGAUUUACAACAAAGAAGAGGGUAUUUCAGGACAUUGCUAAAGUUAUGGUUGCACAUUCCCAUAUGUAUAAUGCAGACCAAAUUGCAGGACGUUGGAAAACUUUGCAAAGAGGAUAUAAACAUAUAAAAGACCAGAAUACAACCAGUGGGUCUGGAAAGAAAAAGUACGAGUAUGAAAGUCAACUUGAUGAAUACUUUGGGAAAGAUCCCAUUGUUAGCCCAGUAAUGACAUUGAGUAGUCACAUUGAGACAGGAUCGGUUUGUGGUUCCACCUUGGAUGAUUCUGAAGACAACGGAGAGGAUCCAGUACCAGCAAGAAAAAAGCGUGAAAGAAAUCUGUCUUUACUGGAUUUGCCAGAUGAAAUACUCAUCAGGAUAUUAGUGGAAAAUGUUGAUAACCUUGAAUUGCUAAAUUCUGCAAGACUUGUGUGCACAAGAUUUGCUGCUGUCAUUGCCAGUCGCCUGAAUUAUGUGACACUUGCAGAAUAUCAGCUUUGUGAAGAACUGUUUAGUUUCUUAUGUGUUUGUCCAAAAUUAGAACAAUUAACAAUUGUAUAUCAAACUGGCAACGUCAGUCACACAGCUAUAAUCGAAAAUCUGGAAUGCUUUAAAGUAUUGAAGAAAUUGAAAUUGGUUGGUCCAUUUUUUGGCGAUCAAGAGAUUGCUAGCAUUUGCACUAAAUGUCCAAAUUUAGAAUAUUUUGAAGUUGUCUCCUCUCACUUGUCACUAACCCCGACAGUGCUCAAACAUGUCAUAGAUUCUCUGCCUAGACUCAAGUCAGUUUCACUGCCUAUUUGUACCGGUUGUGAUGAAGAUUUAGGCAAUGUUCUCGAACUCUAUUAUGGUCGCAUUUCCUUUGGUCAUCAGGUUUUAGAUGCUGUAAGUCAAAAUGUUUUGCACAGACCAAAAUUUGCAUAUUAUAUUCAGUUGUCUACUGAUAAAAAAAACAGUCCUUAUAAAUGAUGGGCCUGGUUUUAUUCUUGGUUGUUAAAUAUGAUUGGUUAUUGGCAUUCAAAAAUAUGGUUUAGGCUACUAGUGUUACUAGAUUCAAGAUUUGACAUUAUUCAUAUAAUGCUAUUGAGUGUUGUUUUAACUGAUUGCUUACAUUUUGGUAUGAAUGUAUUUUCAGCUAGUUGUAAUUCCUGCCUUGUGUUUAAAGUUUUUUUAGCAGUCAUAUACUUUGUAAAAUGGACUUACAUUGAAGUGUUGUUUUUUUGGUAAAGUGGUGCUUACGGUAAAGCCAGUUGAGUUAGUGGCUAGUGGCGUAACUGUUGUUCAUUGUUUGGCAAUUUUAUUCUUUGUUCUGUUGGCACAGUUUGAAUUGUUUCAUUUUAGGGCAAAGUUUAUGCUAUAGAUAAAUGAACCAGUUGUAAAUAUUUGGCGGUUAAAUAAUCUGACAGUAUUUUAAUCAUAUUUCUUUCUGGUUGGUAAAAAAUUCAUAGACUGAUUCAAAUUAAUUAAACAAGUUAACAACAAUUUUUUAAAUGUGAGUGGAUCUUGAAAUUGUUAUUGUUGAAUCACUAGAUACUUAAUGUGAAGUUUCCCUUUGGUAUCAUUUGUAAUAAACUCAGCAGCAAACAAAACUAUACAGACACAUUAAUUUAAAUGAAUCCUUAAAAUAUGUCAGUACCACAUUUAUUUACAUUAAACAACAUUGUAAUUUAUUGCUAUAUGCAUCAGUGUCUGUUCAUUAUCUGGAAUCAGUACAGUAAUAGGAAUGUAUUGUAACAUGCAUCAGUGUUUGUUAAUUCACUGGAAUCAGCACAGUAUUAAUGUCAAAGUUGCAUUUUGAUUACAACAAUCCUUAAAUGAAAAAUCAAAAAAUUUACACUGUCGACCAACUUCUGUCUGAUUUAAGAAGCGCACAUUUCCUUCUUUCCAAAAAUUACCUUGUAUGAUCGCAUUGGUUGUAAUGAGUUUAUUAGAACAUCAUUGCUUAAAAAUAAUAUACACUUGUAAACAUGUUUUUUUUUUCAAAUAUCCAACAACAAAUGUAUUUAUUUCUAGUGUUAAGUAUUUGAUUUUUAUUAAGGGGUUGAUGUAUUUCAACUUUUAGUUAGGACAAUAAUUUUUAUGCCCCCGGAUCGAAUGAUCGGGGGUAUAUUGUUUCUGGCCUGUCUGUCUGUCUUUCUGUCUGUUAUUCUGUCCCAAAACUUUAACCUUACAGUAAAGUUUUGCAAUAACUUUUAAAAUAUUGAACAUAGCAACUUGAUAUUUGGCAUGCAUGUGUAUCUCAUGGAGCUGCACAUUUUGAGUGGUGAAAGGUCAAGGUCAUCCUUCAAGGUCAAAGGUCAAAAUUUAAAACUUUAAUAUAGUAAAGUUUUGCAAUAACUUUUGAAUUAUUGAACAUAGCAACUUGAUAUUUGGCAUGCAUGUGUAUCUCAUGGAGCUGCACAUUUUGAGUGGUGAAAGGUCAAGGUCAUCUUUCAAGGUCAAAGGCCGAAAAUUAAAAAAAUUAAUAUAGUAAAGUUUUGCAAUAACUUUUGAAGUAUUGAACAUAGCCACUUGAUAUUUGGCAUGCAUAAGUAUCUCAUGGAGCUGCACAUUUUGAGUGGUGAAAGGUCAAGGACAUCUUUCAAGGUCAAAGGUAAAAAAAGCAAUGCAUUAGGGGGCAUUGUGUUUCUGACAAACACAUCUCUUGUUUAUAUUGCUAUCUUUUCAAGAUUUUAUUAAUUAUGCCAGGCUUUUUAGUCAGGAUUAUCUAAAGAACUGAUGAAACAGUGUUCAUAGAACAUUUAUUGCUGGAACAUAUAACUCUUAUUAUUCGAACUGAUCUCAUAAAUUGCUUUAAAAUCAUGUACAUUUAGAUCUUAUUAUCAUUUUCCUGAUUUGUUUUUAUGUGUUCAUAUGUUAUAUGUUACGUUAUCAUUUGCACUAUUCAGAACUGUUCUCUACAUUCCAAGAGUUUUAAGGUUUUAUCUCUUGUUCAUGUUUAAUUAUGUUUAAAUAAGAUUUAUCGUUAGAAUAAAAAAGAAAAUUACA